ACCUAUAACGUAUAUGAUUUUAUAACGCAUUUAUAAGUAAACAAUUAUAAGUGAUAUCUUGGAAAUAAUAAUGCCAGGCUGUUGUGUGCCAAAUUGUACAAAUUCAGCAGCUAAAGGAUUUCUUAUGAAACAUUUCCCAAGAAAUCCGGAAAGAAGGAUUCAAUGGACUAUAAAUAUUCCACGAGCAAAUUGGACACCUACAGAUUCUAGCUGUAUUUGUGAGGUUCAUUUUUCAUCAGAAAUGUGGGAAAAACCACGAUGUGAUGGUAAAAGAAUCUUGAAAUAUCAUGCAGUACCAACUAUUUUUAAGUCAUGUUUUAAAACAGUUGUUGCAUCCAGACAAAAUACUGAAUCAAUACAAUCAGCGCAAACUGUUAAGAUGGAUAAGAACUCAAAUCUCACCAGUAAUAACAUUAUCGUUCAACAUCAAGAAGAACCUAUCAAAUCUUUGAUAGUUCCAAAACAUGAAAAGAUGUAUGAUGUUCUAAGAAAAUAUAUUGAGUUGAAUAAUAUACUUACGAAAAGACUGAAUAUAGAACAACAAAAUCAGUGUAAGCAAGGUGUAAACACAAAUUUGUCUUCAUUUACCAAAGUAUUCAUUAAUAAUCAAACAGAGGCAUUGACAAAGGAAUCAAGACCUGAUUCAAAGUAUUCAAAAAAAACAUUUAAAAAAGCAAUUUGA